ACCCUGGAAGUCCAGUCAUGUAGAAUGGUCCACAGUGAAACUGGGUAGUUAAAAAACUGUGGUGAAAUGGUGUUCCAAGUUGAAUAGUCAUGUUGCGUUGAAUUCCAUUGUGCCAAAUGAACAUUGCCUUCACGUUGUUGCAGUCACAUCUCAACAAGUAAACAUGUUUCAAUGGCUAAAUGAGGAGGGAAUCAAGAUACAAGGUAACUGAGGAGUAAUGAUUAACGUGGCAACAGUGCUUGCAACAAGAAUGAUUUAAUUUACCAAGGCAAGGGCUGAUCUAUAAGCAAUACAAACAAUCAAUGUUUAUUGGAGAAGUAUCUCCCUUCAGGUGAUUUUAAUUAUUUGUACAGUAAUUAUGACGUAGUAUAUUUUGUUGAAAAAAAUAAUAUGUUAUUGGUCAUUAUGUUGGAAAGCAACGCGUGGAAAAUUAUGUUGUAGACCUUGACCUGUGGAAUUUGGAAUGCCAAAAUAAACAUGUAGCGUUAUCUUUAAAUAACCAUGGCAACGGGCACAUUCUAAACGCGUCAUGAUUCGCACUUGAAACAAAAUGGCGUCAAAGUUUAAUUUGAUGUGAGACUUGUGUCCUUAUCCAACAAAACAACCUUUAUAACGUGAUAACAGAAGUACAGUAGUAAAUACAAGUGUCAUUAGUUGCCUGUUAAUCUAACAGUAUAUCAAUCCGACACUGAGCAAAUAAUUUGGAGUUUCAGCAUGAAAUCCGACGUGGAGGAACUGAUGCCCAGGCUUCUGCCUGUGGAAAUAUGCGACACUGGCGAAGACUUCAAUCUAAACGAGCCUCCAAGAAAUCCCCAGGAGUAUUUGAGACAGGUUCAAUUAGAGGCGUCUCUCUGUCCUGAUGUUGUGGUGGCGAAGAUUGAUCCAAAGAAAUUGAGAAAGAAACAAUCAGUGAACGUGUCGCUCACAGGUUGCCAAGCUGCUCCUCAAGGAUUUUCACCGAGUUUAAAAUGGCAGCGACAGCAAGUCAGCAACUUCUCAGAAAUAAGACAGAGUAUCAGUAAGCAUAGACAACACUGGAGUGGUCAUGCAUUGGAUGACAAUGUGUUAAUGCCAAAACAGGACGCGGAGGAACAAUGGAAAAAGUUCUGCCUGGGUGAAAAUGUUUAUUUGAACUCUCCUCCCAUUGACCCUGGUGCUGAAGAUCGAGCCCUUGAUUAUGUGAAGGUUGGUUUUCCACCUUUCCUUAGUAUAGUGAGCAGAUUAAAUCAGGCCACAAUCUCUGCAGUUUUGGAGUACUUGAUAAACUGGUUUGAAGAGAGAGAGUUUGUCCCGCAGUUGGGAAGAUGGCUGUAUGCACUGCUGGCUUGCCUUGAGAAACCUCUUCUCCCUGAAGCACAUUCCCUAAUAAGACAGCUGGCCAGACGGAGUUCUGAAGUGCGGGCCAAUCUGGAAAGCCAGGAAGAUGAAAGGUUGUCUCCUCUAAACUUGAUGAUCUGCCUUGUUGCUAGGUACUUUGAUCAGAACGACUUGGCCGAUAAGGAGGACUAAAUGGGUUAAUGUGGUGAAAUCCACGAUUUGAGGCUGAAACUGAUCACACCAUGAACUGUAGCUCUAUGAACCCAUCAUCAUGCUCAGAUUUGGGAUCCAUGGGAAGUUGCACUGUGGUGAUUUGUGAGGAAAAUGUACCCAAUAAAUGGUGAAAUUGGACUGUUUUUUUUUUCUUUUUUUCUAUUAUAGUUAGUAUUCAACUUCUGCUAUUGUUGGAAUUAAAUAAAAUGUUUGCUUUCACAA